AUGGACGCAAAGAGUGGCGAGGCAAACGCCGAAUACGUUGCUGCAUUCCUGAAACUCCAAUACGUAAACCUGGGGCUGUAUGUAUGGGAGUACCUAACGCAUCUGCACCAUGACUGGCAGUUAGUACGCGGAGCAUGGCCAUGGCGCUGGCCAUUGACGACAUGGGCGUACCUGACCUGUCGAAACUCGAUUCUCUUGUCCACUAUCCUCUCCAUCAUCACCUUCGGCGACCUUCCUUGCACUAGCGGUGUCGUGUAUCUGAGCUAUCUUGUUCCUUUCCCCCUAGUCCUAUCGGCGUCGUAUCUCCUGGCCGUUCGCACGAUCGCCGUCUGGUCUCGAGCACUCUGGGCCACCGCUAUCUGCGCCGUUAGUCUGUUGGCGCUGCUGAGUAUUGCAGUAUUCUCGAUGGUGAUUCUAUGUUUGGAUACAGUAUCGCAGCCUUCGGGCACCCGGUACGCCUACGCCUGCGUCCGUCUCGGCUCCAAUCACAUUCUUGGCGUCAAACUGUCUGUCAUAGCGAUCCACGUCGUGAACGGGGUGAUGUUCUCGCUUCUAUUUGCGGGGCUUCGGCGACAUCGUACGGUACGGCCUGUUGGACUAUUGCGCGUAGUCUGGAAGCAGAGUCUCGCGCUUCUUGCGUUGGCAACCAUCCUCGACAUACCUAUUCUCAUCAUGGCAUGGAUUAGAGUCAACGGUGUCAUCUUCAGUAUGAGCCUUGCGAUGGCCGCAUUAUUACUCGGGUUGGGCGCUACGCACAUGACGCGCAACCUAUACCAGAGCGGACAGAGUGAACCCAGCCCGAGGGAAUUUUCAGACGGCAGUUUGCGAGGAACUCAGGAGCUUUCGACGGUGGAAGUAUGGAGGGAAGAAUAUUCAGAGUUUUCUCGAGCUCGGUUCCAAGAACCUCAAGUGCUUGCGAGCCAGGGCGACCGGGCAGCUCAGUGCUGA